CCAACUGCCUGAUAUACAUAAAUAUCGAUUAGUUUUUUGUUCAAAUUUUUUGUAUUGUGUUGUUUAAUGGUUAUUAAUUCUACGAUCAUUACAAUUCCUGCCAUUUAAUUAAUAAAAACAAUGAAAAUUAUCAAUGCGCUUUUUACCUAUCUCCGGAUAAGAUCUGAAGUUAAACCAUUCAAAAUACUAAACUUGCCUAGUGUUGUCUUGGAAAAUGUUGUCAACCAGAUGGAUAUACAUUUAGUAAUAAAGCUAUCAAAAACAUCAAAGAAAAUGCAUUCAAACAUGAAAAACGCUAAAAGAAAGAUAUACAAGUUAAUUAUCGAUAAUCACCACGAAUACAAUAUUAAAAACCCUUGGCCCUCACUCGUCCAAAGAAUUUUACUUUUUGAAACUAAGAGUGACUUUCUUUUCGUAUAUCGUCAAAUGUGCAUGCGAAAGGAUAUAACUUCACAUUUAGCCAAGUACACUGUUGAUUUUUGGAUUGAAUGGUUCUACAAUACAACCAAAUUGGACAAUAUCCAUAAGAAAUCUAUAUUCAAUUUUAACAAUUCGAAGAAAUGUCUGACACUAUUAACUCGCUUUGAUGACUUGUUCUCGAUUGACCACGUGGAUUUAAUUAUUAAUACAGACAAACUUUUUGGGAGGUAUCGCUCAACAAUUAGACAUCCAUUGUUUCGAAAAUGUGAUUAUGUGGAGCUUGUUGGAAGAAAUUCGUUUUUGUCGAAUGAGGAUAUGUAUUUUGUAUUGAAGAAUUUCAAUUUGAAAAAUGGAUUCUUUACAGAUUGUAAAUUAUCGAAUGACUUCAAUAUGGCGGCUAUGUUCAAAAUUCCCCGUCUGUGUAUUUUUCACGCUGGUGAUAUAACACUGAAACAUUUAUUGUCCAUGGAUUGCAAAGUCAUCAAACUUUGGAGACACCAGCUCCACCCACAACUUAUCAAUCAGUUUAUUUAUCAUUGGAUGAAAGGAGCAAUGCCCAAUUUACGAAGACUUCGCCUGAAUUUAUUUUGUGAUUUUAGACGGAUUGAUGAGAUGUUGAAUGGAGUUAAACGUUCAAAAUGGGACAAUAAACGGCGCCCAAGAAUAUUUUGCGAUGGAAUUGAACGCAUUGAUUGUGAAGAUGGGAAGGAUAUACUACGAAAUGAUGGACAACUGGCAACAUUUUUCUGUAAAAAUGAUACUGUCGAGUUCCUUGUAUGGCACGAUGAGAAAUUAUAAUAAAGUAAUUAUUAAAUCAUUUUGCUUCUAGUUUUUUUCUCCGACUAAUCAAUAACAAUACAACCUGCUAAUAAUUUGUAUGACGCCAUUGACAACUUUGUGACAACUUUGUGACAACUUUGUGACAACUUUGUGACAACUUUGUAAAUUUCAAUUCCGGAAAUUCGCCGAUUUGUUGAUUUGCCGAAAAAAUUGUUUGCCGUCCGCCCUUGGUUUUAACAACGUUAUUUGAAAU